UGUUUACAUCAAUGCACUCAGGAGCAGCUGGUGCGAACUGUCUGCGUACAAGAUAUGAAUGUUUCACUUUCAUUUCUUUAGAAAACUGGAAGUUCACUCCUUUACGCCUAGCCAUGGAUGAGUUAGCCGUGGAAGUCAGAGGAACGAGUGGAGCAUUCUACAAGGCAUUUGUGAAGGACGUACAUGAUGGUUCUGUCACUGUGACAUUUGAGAAUAAUUGGCAGCCAGAGCGACAGAUUCCCUUCCAUGAUGUUCGAUUUCCCCCACCCACUGGUUUUCACAAAGAGAUAAAUGAGAGCGAUGAAGUUGAGGUAUACUCAAGGGCCAAUGACAAAGAGCCCUGCGGAUGGUGGCUAGCAAAAGUUCGGAUGGUGAAGGGGGAGUUUUAUGUAAUAGAAUAUGCAGCCUGUGAUGCCACACUCAAUGAAAUUGUCACAUUAGAGAGACUACGACCUGUGAACCCAAACAAGCCAGCCACGAAAAACACCUUCCUUAAAGUCAGACUGGAUGUCCCAGAAGACUUGCGGCAAAUGUGUGCAAAAGACACGGCGCAUAAAGAUUUCAAGAAGGCUGUGGGAGCGUUCAACGUGACGUACGAUCCGGACAAAAAGCAGCUUGUGAUACUGUCUGUCAACGAGGUGACGGCCAAACGGGCAACGAUGCUGAGCGACAUGCAUUUCCGGAGCCUGCGCACCAAGCUGUCUCUGAUGCUGAGGAAUGAGGAGGCGAGCAGGCAGCUGGAGAGCUCUCGGCAGCUUGCAUCCCGGUUCCAUGAACAGUUUGUGGUUAGGGACGACCUGAUGGGCCUGGCCAUUGGCACCCAUGGUGCCAACAUCCAGCAGGCCAGGAAGGUGCCCGGGGUGACCACUAUUGACUUGGAUGAGGAGACUUGUACCUUCCACAUCUAUGGAGAGGACCAAGAGGCAGUACGGAAGGCCAGAAGUUUCCUUGAAUUUUCAGAAGAUGUGAUCAAAGUCCCCAGGAAUUUAGUGGGGAAAGUCAUUGGUAAAAAUGGGAAACUCAUCCAAGAGGUGGUGGAUAAGUCUGGAGUCGUCAGAGUGAGGAUUGAGGCAGAGAACGAGAAAAAAAACCCAUCACAGGAUGAGGUGAGGGGCUGUACCGAAAUGGAUCCAUUCAAAGUGAGAAUGCUGCAAAUGACAUGCGAGUCUACCGUGAGUGGAAUUUCCCCCGGUCUCGCUCCUACUUCUAGCUUCUCUUUGCCCUUUUCCUCUCAGCAGGGCAUGGUGCCGUUUGUGUUCGUGGGAACAAAGGAGAGCAUCUCGAAUGCACGCGUGCUGCUGGACUACCACCUUAAUUACCUGAAGGAAGUGGACCAGCUGCGGAUGGAGAGGCUGCAGAUCGACGAACAGCUCCGUCAGAUCGGCGGGGGGCCCAGGGCCUCGGCAGGGCGCCCCGAUAAAGAGAAGGGUUUCAUCACGGACGACAGCGUGGGGCCCUCUCGAGGGGGGAAGCCCUUUGGCCGGGGAGGACGUGGCAGGCGCGGCCCCACCUUCACAUCAGGCACCAAUUCAGAGGCCUCCAAUGCAUCAGAGACAGAGUCAGACCACAAGGACGAGCUGAGCGACUGGUCCCUGGCCCCCACUGACGAGGACAGCGGGGGGUUCCCCAGACGGGGCGACGGGCGCAAACGGGGCGGGGGCUCUCGAGGCCGAGGGGGGCGAGGCAGGGGAGGAGGGGGCUACAAAGGAACUGAAGAUAUGCAGUGGAAUGAGUCCCGUUCACGCAACUCCAGAGAUGCAAAACCACGACCACAGGAGGACUCCCUGCAGAUCCGAAUCGACGGCAACAACGAGCGCAGCGUUCACACGAAAGCGCCCCAGGGCCCCCCCGGCGACGGGGGCGCGGUCGGCAACGGGGGCAGCCGCCAGAGACCCGCCAAGGAGCGAGGGAUGAAGAAGGAGAAGCAGGAGAACCCGGACGGCCCCCAGGCGCUGGUGAACGGGGUGUCGUAGGCAAGGCCCCCCCCCCCCCUCCCUGCAGCUGUCCCCUCCUCUACUGUUCCAUCAAUCCAGACGCUUCAUCAUUAGAGACACAUUAGGCCAAAGAGAACUGGGUCGGUAGGGCUGUCGCAAAGACGUGGGAAAUAAGCACACUCUGUAACUGUGUCGAAAGCAUUCACUUCUGCAUUGGGAAGGGAGGCCACGAGCGCGGGUGGCUGUGCAUGGGUCAGGGCAAUCCAGGAAAGCCGAGGAUGAGGGUCAGGGCGAAUUAGAGAGUGUUAGACAUGAUGCAGAAGUUACAGAUUUUUUUUUUUUUUUUGUAAGUGAAUUUCUAGAUGACUACCUAUCAAGCGAAUACAAGCUGUUGGCAGAAUGAAAACAAAACAAAAAAAACCAACUGAUGAAAUGUGUAUUCUAGAAGGAUAGGUUCUCAUACUCUGUGUGCUGCAUAACAUCUAAAAGCGAUUUCUUUAUUUCCACCUUCGAGGUUUGAUUAAUAAGCGCUUGACGCCUCUGUUCGUGCCACUUAACAUGGCGUGCGUGUUUUGGUGCCGGUGUCGCCAGCGAUUCACAUGGUCCACGACGAUGUGAAGUCACAACCAUUGCAUCAUUAGCAAAAAGACAAAAAAAAAAAAAAGAGAAACUCUGAUCUGUCUGAUCUGUGCCUUUAAUCUAGUGUGGACAGUAUCAUAAUUGGAUUUCUAUAUCAGGGAAGAAGACGUGGACAACACUAAUGUAAAAUACUGAUCUGUAAAGAACUUGUUCAUUCAUCAAAAGAGAAAAUAGGUUCUUCUCUUGGGGAAUGCAUGCGUUUCAUUACCUUUAUUUUUAACAUUGAAAAAAAAACAAGAAUCCACCUGGUAAAUGAAAUGUAAAACUUUUCCUUGUCAUGCACUGAUGUCUAGAAUAACGGCGAGGGAAGGGUUUCGUUUUGCAAAAGGGGACAGACGUUUAGAAAGAAACUGAACACUGCUUUGCAGUUAUAA